AUGGGUAUGCACAGCAAAAGUAAGUUCUGUCGUUGGAUUAUGACGAAAUUUCCUGUUCAGAGAGAAAGGAAAAGUCCUUUAGGACAAAGGCCAAACAGAUCUUGGACAACAGAGUGGAUAAGAAGAAGAAUGACAGUCACAUGAAUGCUUCCGACUUCUUAAUGGAGGUGGAUCAACAAAUGAAUGCGUCCAAAAGUAUGCAUGCUGGCUUUGGUGGUAAGAGGAUGAUGAAUGGAGCAGUUAAUGUUGCCAUUGCUGCUAAAGGAGUACAAGUAAGACAUUUUUCCAGAUUGUUUUUAUUUUCAGAGCUUAGAUUACAUACCAUGUAGCAUGAAAGAGGUCAAUGCAGAGUUCCAACUUGAUUCUGGGGACCGCUCGACCCGUGUAUUUGCCGCUGAAGUGAAGAAAACCAUUUCUUCUGCUGAUAUCGUGAUCGAGGUGCUGGAUGCUCGUGAUCCAUAUGGAAGUCGAAGCAAACAAAUUGAGGAACAGGCUUUGAACAGUGGGAAAAGACUUGUUCUUUUGUUGAAUAAGAUUGACUUAGUUCCGAAUGAUAACGUUAAGAAAUGGCUCGGAGUUUUGAGGAAGCAGUUACCGACUAUUGCCUUCAAAGCUUCUACCCAGGAGCAACAAAACAGACUAGUAAGUCAUGCUUUUCAUUAUAGUGCGCAUGUUUAGGGGCGCUUGGUUUCUUCGAAUUUGCACACUGAUUCAUCAAAGUGCAUUGGAGCCGACUUGUUGAUGAAAUUGUUGAAGAAUUAUUGUCGUAACAAAGAUAUAAAGACAUCAAUUAGAGUGGGGAUUGUGGGUAAGUUAUAUUUUGUAAUUGAUUUGAGCCACAAACAGCUGAUUUUUGAGAUUUAUUUUAGGUUAUCCGAAUGUUGGAAAGAGUAGCAUUAUUAACAGUCUAAAGAGACAAAGGACUUGCCAAACUGGAGGAGUUCCGGGUGUCACUAAACAAUUUCAAGAGGUUGAGUUAGACAAAAAUAUAAGGUUAAUUGACUCGCCCGGUGUUGUUCUUGCAUCACGGGGUCAAUUCGAUGCAACGGAGGUGGCCUUGAAAAAUGCUCUGAGGGUGGAUUCGUUGAAAGAUCCUAUCAGUCCGAUCCAAGGAAUUCUUAGAAGAUGUUCUGUUGCUGUGGUAGGUUCGGAAUAAGCCGUCAUUUAUUUCAUUUUAGCUCUGCGAACAUUUCCAAAUCCUUCCCUUUGACAAUCACGAAGUUUUUCUGGCGUUGGUUGCGAAGAAGCUAGGUCGUUUGAAGAAAGGGGGACGACCUGAUAUUCAUGCAGCUGCGAAACAUGUAAGAGGGGUCACUUGUAAAUAAAAAAAAAUUUUUGCCAGCCACUGGCUGGAAAACGUGGAUAACAAAGGAAGUACCAUAAGUGCAACGCUCAGAUUAUUUUUAAAUUUUGCGCAAACUUCGGGCUUAUGCCACAUAUUAAUCUAUAAAACUUUUAGCUCGCGCUUUGCAGGCGUAGCAAAAUAUUCACAGACUGGGACAGACUGAUAGACCAUGAAUACCUCAGAUAUAUGAUAUACAUUUUCAACUCUAAAUAGAAAUAACAUAAUUUUCUUCAGAAAGUAGCUAACACAGGAAGUACACAAAGUGCGACGCUCAGAUUUUCUUUAAAUUUGGCAUACACGCCGGGCAUCAACUAAAUUUCAAUUCCUGAAAGUUUUAGCUCGCGCUUUGCAUGCGCCAUCGAGAUAUUGAACCAUUUUUGCCGCGGAGAGAGUACGCCAAACGCGGAUAGCGGUCAGAGAGAAAGACGCUUUUUAGCCAUAACUUUGGCAGUUUCGUGCGGAAAAAAUUGAUUUUUUGUGGAAACAUUGCCGUUUGCGGUAGAAAUAGGUAUGCAACUUUUCGUGCCGAAACCGGGCAAAAAGUCCUAAAUUUUCGCCGACUUUCGAUCUAAAAAUCUCGGCUGUUUCUGCAAAGCGCGAGCUAGGAUUCUCGCAUAAAUUUCAGAAAAAAUUACUCUAAAUCUGUGCCAAGUUUCAUAAAAAUCUGAGCGUCGCACUUGGGGUACUUCCCCUGUAAGCCACAUUUUUCCGCCAGUGGCUGAAAGAAACUGAGUUAACAAUACGUCGCCUUAUGUAAGCCCACACUUAAGAUACAGCUAUGCGAAAUUUUUUCAGGUUCUGAACGAAUGGAAUUCUGGGAAAUUGAAAUACUUCACUGAGCCCUCAAAAGAAACGGAGGUAAUACCUGCGGUAACAACGGAAUUGCUUACAACAUUGUCAAAGGAGUUCGACUUGGAUGCGCUGGAAGAAGAUGUGAAGGUUGUAUUGGCAGGCAAGUAAUGCUCGGGCGGGUGAUAUUUUUUAUUUUAAGAAACCGCUCAAAUGGAAGGCUCCUCUGUCGAAGAAGAUCCUGAAUUAAAGUAUGUUGUAACAGCAGAACCAAAGAAAGCCAAGGACAAGACUGAAGGAUUCGAGCACACCGACAUGAUCCCAAAAUCGCUAAAAUAUGAAGGAAACGUUCGAAUCGACAGUGCCAUCAAAAACGCCGUCAAAAGAAAUAAGAAAAAGAUGAGACGACUGGGUAAUAAUUGAAUUCUACUUUUUUAGACCCGUUUUAUUUCAGAAAAGCGGCAGGACAACCUGACUGACAUGUUCACCAACUUGGGAGGGGACCAACUCGACGUUAAGAUGGAGGACUGA